AAAGUGCACUGCACACUGAUUUCAAUUUUUUUAUUUCCUGGUAAAUAUAAAAAGAAAAAAGAAAGAGAAAGAGGGAAGAAAGAACUCAAAGAGAAAAAGAGUGAAGUCAUAGCUUCAAGAGAGAAAGAACCCUGUGAUGCGGUUGGAUAUUCAGUUCCGAUCACAUGGCUUCUUCUCCGUCUCCUCCUCCGCGUCACUCUUCUUCUCCAACUCCUCCUCCGUCGUACAUCACUCACCUUCCCAUUGCUCCAUCUUCUCCCUCUCGUUCCAGUAAGAAGGUUUUAGAAGAAGAGGAACCGCGAGUUCCGAUUCAUGUAGUGACUAAAGCUUCUCAACUUCCGGUGGAUUUUCUCGAACCAUCGCCUCAGUCUAAGAUCGUUAUCGGUUUUGAUUGUGAGGCUGUUGACCUGUGUCGCUAUGGAAAACUUUGUAUAAUACAGCUUGCAUUUCCGGAUGCUAUAUACCUUGUUGAUGCAAUUGUGGGGGGAGAUGUGCUUAUCCAAGCCUGUAAGCCUGCACUUGAGUCUGAUUAUAUCACAAAAGUGAUUCAUGAUUGCAAACGUGACAGUGAGGCCUUGUACUUUCAAUUUGGCAUCAAGUUAAACAACGUGGUGGAUACCCAGAUUGCGUAUUCACUUAUAGAAGAGCAAGAAGGACAAAAGAGAUUGCCAGAUGACUACAUUUCACUAGUUGCCCUCCUUGCAGAUCCACGAUAUUGUGGUUUAUCAUAUGUUGACAAGGAAGAAGUUCGGGUCCUUCUUCGACAGGACCCCAAGUUUUGGACUUACAGACCUUUAUCUGAACAAAUGAUCCACUCUGCCGCCGAUGAUGUCCGUUUCCUUCUCUACAUUUAUCACCAAAUGAUGGCAAAAUUAACUGAACGAUCUUUAUGGCAUCUUGCUGUUCGUGGUGCCUUGUACUGCCGUUGUUUCUGUGUGAACAGUAAUGAUUAUGCUGAUUGGCCGUCUCUACCUCCAAUUCCAGACAUGCUGAAAGUUGAUGAAAAUGGUCCUGAAGAAGAAAUUCUUUCAGUUCUUGAUGUUCCCAAAGGAAAGAUGGGAUGCAUUAUUGGGAAAAAGGGGGCUUCUAUUAUGGCAAUUAAGGAGUCUUGCAAUGCUGAAAUUCUCAUUGGAGGUGCCAGGGGUCCACCUGACAAGGUCUUCAUCUUAGGACCGGCAAAGCAAGUGAAGAAAGCUGAGGCUAUGUUAAGGGGUAGAUUAUUGUAUAUCUGAAAACUCUUAACUUCUCUCUCAAUCAAAUUUCUGCAAUAAGUCAGUUUUCUGGGAUAUGCUGCCAAUGAUAGUUGAAAUGAUUACGGGGAUAGGAAUUGUUAAUACUUGAGUCCUUUUCCCCCACUUGCAUCCGUUAUUGGACAGUGAAAAACCAAAUAAAAAAAUAAUCAAAAUAUGUCUAAAUCAAAACUGAAUAAACUGUUUCUAUUCUCU